CUUGUCCCUGCUGCUCACUCAUUUGUGAGUCCAGUCUGGUGUGGAAGCGGGUUGGAAGAUGGCGCUCAUCGUGCAGCACUCUCUGCUCGCUCUACUUCUUCUAGGAACUGACGUGCUCCUCAGGAUUCAUGCUCAAGAGACUGCCGCUUCUGAGGCAUGGACCACCAAGUCUUGCAAAUGUGACUGCGAUGGAGCCGAAUCUCCAACAGAGUUUUCCAUCAUGGGGUCUGGCUCUAUGGUGAAAGGAGUGGAUUGCAUGCCAGAGUGUCCGUAUCACAGGCCUCUUGGAUUCGAGGCAGGAUCUGUGAGUCCAGACCAAGUCACCUGCUCUAACCAGGAGCAGUACACCGGCUGGUUCUCCUCAUGGCUCCCGAGCAAAGCCAGGCUCAACAGCCAAGGCUUCGGGUGUGCUUGGCUGUCCAAAUUCCAGGACAACAGUCAGUGGCUCCAGAUCGACCUGAAGGAGGUGAUGGUGGUUUCGGGGAUCCUCUCUCAGGGCCGCUGUGAUGCCGACGAGUGGGUCACCAAGUACAGCGUCCAGUACCGCACAGACGAGAAGCUCAACUGGAUUUAUUACAAAGACCAAACUGGGAACAACAGGGUGUUUUAUGGAAACUCUGACCGCUCAUCAUCCGUCCAGAACCUCCUCAGGCCGCCCAUCGUGGCUCGCUUCAUCCGCAUUCUCCCCCUCGGAUGGCACACUCGCAUUGCUCUGCGCGUGGAGUUGCUGCUCUGCAUGAAGAAGUGCAUGUGAAUCUCUCCUCCUCGCAUCCCUCAAAGCAUUGUCCCAGACCCCUGCGUGGCAUUUGAUUAUGUAUUCACAGAUCUCCAGGAAAACAAAUUGACCCUGAAAUAUUCACGACCUCAAACCGUUUUUGCAUCCGACGUGCUUCCAUUAAACUAGGUUUGUUUGAUAUGUGCAGUGUGCUUUCAUUCAGUCCGCUCUGCUUUGUCUGUGCUACACCAAUCUCUCUCGCCGGGGCUCCGGUUUGAAGAGUUCUCAAAGGGUGGCUCGGUUUGCAAUGAAAUGGCAUAAAUUCAAAGCAAUAAUUAGUGGCUGAGGAGAAGAGGCAGCGUUGCUAUGAGGGGUUCGUUGCCACUGGUUUGUGGUGUUGUGUGAAGGAACCAGACAGUCCAUGAAAUACACACCAAGUCUAUUCAUUAGUUAAAUAUGUUACAUUAUGAAAAAUAUCUCGCAUAGGUACAAAAAUCAAAACUCUUUCUGGUCUUGAAUCCAGAUUAGCGAGAUAAUUUAAUUUCAUUCUUUCCAUAAAAAAGGAAAAUUAAUUAAUGUCUUUUCCAAAAGGUGAUCGGUUUCCUUGUGCACUUUGUCUUAAAUUAAAGAUCUUCUGAAAAUGAAUGUGAGCUAUUUUAAGUAUUUAUUUUCUGAAAGAGUGAUGUCACAAGCGCUUACUGUACAGUUUGUUUCUCUGUGAUUGGCAAACUGGGCUCAUUGCUGCACAGAACAAUGCGGUACAACCCAUAAGUAAUGAGAUGUGAAUGCACACAGCCGACAUGCAAACAAUAAGAAUGAUCCAGAGGCCAAGUUUUCAUUUUUGUUUAGCUCUAAGGAACAAAUGCAAAAGCUCCUGCGGCAGAGAGCUGUUUAGUGUGAAGACAUUGUUGGUUUACAAAAACAGAUCAAAUCUACAUUUUACUACAAGCAUAUUUUCAUUUGCUUCGUCUCAAACCUUUUGAAACCUGUGAUUUAAACCACAAUUUCAAUGAUUCCUGAAAGUGAUCAAUAUUUAACUUGUUAUCCCGAGUGACUUUAUGCUCCAUGGAAUGCAAACAGUAACAUUCAGUAGGUUUACAUAGGGCUGCUUUCCAUUUAAAUACCUUCUCCUUUCCUUCUUGUUAACUUAGUUUUUGUUAGUUCUUUUCCCGGGUAGCUUCACUGUUGCCGUGUUGUGUUUGUGAUAAAACGUCCCGUUCUUUUCCCAUGAUGCUUUGGGAUGCCCUCCCAAAUCGAAGAUGUGUCCUUUACUGUACCUUUAAAUUGUUUUCCUAGAUUAAACCCACACAUAUGUUG